AUGGCAUCAAAUGAACAAAGUUCAUCACCUAGAAGAAAUUGGUCAGAAGAACGAGAACAACAACAUCGAUUAAAAUUUGAAGAAAAUUUUACUAAAAUUAAUGGUGGAAAUAGUAUCAACAGUGAACAAGCAUGGAAUUUAAUUAUUGAUACAAAAAAACAAAUGUGGGAAAAUAAACGUCGACAUCAUGGACCAAACAGCUCUGAAGAAGAACAAAGUGGAAGCGAUCGCUCAAGACCUCCACCACCAGAUGGUCAAUCACACGGACCACAUGGAGGCCCACCACACCACCAAGGUGGCCACCAUCUAUCGCCACAUUGGGAACAAAUGAAAAAAGAACGACAAGAAAAAUUUGAACAAAUUCAACAAAAAAUGCGACCAAAAUUUAAUGAAAAUUUCAUUGCUGUCAAUAAUGGCCAAGAUAUCAGUAGAGAACAAGCAUGGCAACUAUAUUUGGAUACAAAACAUCAAAUGCGUGAACAUAUGCAUGAAUUUCAUGAACAAGAUAUACAAAAAAAAAUGCGUCCAAUAUUUGAUAAAAAUUUUGAUCAAUUAGCCAAUGAGAAAAUUAGUCGUGAACAAGCAUGGCAAUUGCUCAUUGAUACUGGUAAACAGAUGCGUAAUGAAAUGCAUUGGGGACAUGGUGGACCAGGUAGAAAACAUGGUGGACCAGGUGGAAAACACGGUGGUAGAUGCUGUCCGCCAAAAUAA